AGAUAAACGGACGGCAAACAGACAGAAAGAAAGACGGAGAGUUUCUCAUCACAAUGAUUUUCAGUGCUUUGCGUGUUGUUUUUGCAGGAAGACAAAUUAAUAUGCACACACAGUCACAGCUAUUGAAGUGUAAUCAGUAUUUGAUGUCAAGACACUUAACAUCUCUUUUAGGGUAUUGGACAAUUAACAUGUAUGUUGUCCUCCCAUCAUGUCUCAAAGAAUAUUGAAGUCCUAACACAAGAUAAUCAUGUUGCAUUAUCUAAAAAUGUUAUGCAGAACAUAAAUGUGACAAACAAUCGUCCAUUGUUAGUUAUUCUUACUUGGUUGUUAUCAAAGCGACAGCAUGUUAUGAAAUAUGUAAAUUUGUACAUGGAACAAGGUUUUGAUGUGGCAGUGGUAUCUCUUACACCUUGGCAACUGAUGUGGCCCACAAAAGGCUCCAGACUAGUUGCAGCAGAUUUGUUAACUUUCUUAAAACAAAAUGAAAAUUACCAACAAAUUCUGUUACAUGGAUUUUCAGUAGGUGGUUACAUGUGGGGAGAAGCUUUGGAUUUGAUGGAAAAUAAUAAGGAGAAGUAUAGUGGUAUUACAGAUAGGAUUGUUGGACAAGUAUGGGAUAGUAUAGCUGAUGUCAGUCAAAUUCCGAUAGGCUUUCCUCGCGCGGUAUUUCCGAAAAAUAUGAUGCUGCAAUCUAUGCUGCGGAAAUAUUUAGAAUAUCAUAUGAAGACAUUCCAUCAGCAAGCAACGCAAUAUUAUAUUCGAUCCAGUCAAAUAUUUCAUAUCGCUCCUAUAUAUGUACCAGCGUUAAUAUUUGUAAGUAGAACCGAUCCUGUUGGAACUGUACCUAGCAAUUUAAGUUUACGCGAUACUUGGGAAUCUUCAGGAAUUAAGACUUAUGUGAAGAUAUUCGAAGAGUCGCCACAUGUUGCUCACUUCUACAAAUAUCCAAAGGAAUACGUUGCCGAACUCUAUGCCUUUUUACAAAAACUAAACUUGAUACAAAAUGAAGAAAAAAUUAGAUCGCGUCUUUAAUUAUUUUAAAAGCACUUUUGAUAUGAUUCAAUUAUGUUUUUUAUAUAGAGUUAGCUUCUUAGUGACACAUUACACAUCAGACAUUGUAAUAUCUAAUAUUUGUCACCCAUACACAUGCAUACGCAUAACAUAUAUAGUAAAUAAUUUUAUAUAUUUUAUAAGAUUUUUAUAUGGAAUUACAUAACCUAAAUAAUUGAAAGGUUUUUGGUGCAAAAAGAGAGAGAUCUUUAAAAAUGUUUUAAAAAAUUUAUUUUGAUCAUAUUUUUACAAGUUCCACUGCCUCUCUUGAAGAAUCAUGCAUAUAAUGAAAUGUGCGCUAUUACUUAUAAUUAUUUAAAUAGAGAAUAUUUUGAAUGCAUAAUUUAUAUACAACAAGU